AUGUCCAAUGAGAACACGCCACUAGUCUCCUCAUCAUCAACAACCGCAUCUACAACCCUCAACCGCAGGCGCAACAUGUUCUGGACGCUCGGCUGCAUCUACGGCGCGACAGCCGUCUGCUUCGGCGCGUUCGGCGCCCACGGGCUGAAGAAGAAGAUCACGGACCCAGCGCGGAUCGCGAACUUCAGUACCGCGGCUCAUUAUCAGCUCAUCCACUCUGUCGCCCUCCUAAUAGCCUCGCAGGCAGCGCCGGAGAACACGCUGGCCGGCGGCCUGCUCACGGCCGGUAUGACCAUGUUCAGCGGCAGCAUCUACGCGCUGGUGCUGGACCCGGCGCGCUUCCGGUUCCUGGGGCCCGUCACGCCGCUGGGCGGCUUGUGCUUGAUUGGUGGAUGGGCUGCGCUGGCUUUCAAGUGA